GCACGGUCACUCUGAUUUCGAAUUUCAGCCCGUUAGGUCGACAAAAGAGCAGAGCGAAAAACACAACCACAGCAAGACACACACACACACGGACAGCACUUGUAGUUUCUGGUCAGAAGAAAAUAAAGUGAAAAAAACUGCGUUUCUUAGCCAAUUACCUGUUCAUCACCAUCAUGAAGUUCCAAUACAAGGAGGAGCACGCCUUCGAGAAGCGUCGCGCCGAGGGUGACAAGAUCCGUCGUAAAUAUCCGGACCGUGUUCCCGUGAUCGUCGAGAAGGCUCCCAAGGCGCGCAUCGGUGACCUGGACAAGAAGAAGUACCUGGUGCCUUCCGACUUGACCGUCGGUCAGUUCUACUUCCUCAUUCGCAAGCGCAUCCACCUGCGUCCCGAGGAUGCCCUCUUCUUCUUCGUGAACAACGUCAUUCCACCAACAUCGGCAACCAUGGGCUCCCUGUACCAGGAACACCACGAGGAGGACUGCUUCCUGUACAUUGCCUACUCCGAUGAGAAUGUCUACGGCAUGGCCAGGGUCAACUAACUCUGCUCCGGCUUGCAUCGGAAAACAACCCCCUAUACAGAAAUCUAUAUAUAAAUAAAUAUAUUUUGUGUUUAGCAUGCAGCUUAAAAUAUGGACGCGAGUUAGCUAAACGAAUUGAGGAAAACCGAAGGAAAUGCCACACGAAAAGAACUUGAUAAUGAUCUGAACCAGGGCAACAAAAAAAAUCCACAAAACAGAAAACUACAAAAAGAAUUGUUAUGUGAACCUUAUUUUAUAUGUAUACAAUUUCUAAACGCGUUAGUAUUUCAAUUAAACUCUGCUUUCUCCUACCAUUAACCCCCCGAAAACAGAUCUAUUCACACAUAUUUCUUCGGCCCAUCUAAUUCCCAUUGCUGUACUUGAUCUGUGCAAUUGCACAUGUACUUUACUUUGUUCGCUUAUUUCGAUGAUUUCACACCCUUUUUUUUUACAAUACAACAAAAUUUUGUGCAUAUUUAGUGUGUAUGGUUACGAAUAGGACUCUCUCGGUUAAGUGUACGGUAAUUAAUCUAUUAUUAAAUAAACAAAAACCAUAAAAAUACA